AUGCGAAUCCGUCCAGAAAUGAUGGAAGAAACAAGUGCCUCCAACAACAACAAGAGUUCCUUCAAAGGAAAAAAAGAAGACCUGUACCAUGUACUCCACAAGGUUCCUUAUGGGGAUAGCCCUUAUGUCAGAGCAAAACAUGCCCAGCUGGUAGAGAAGGACCCAGAAGCAGCAAUUGUGUUAUUUUGGAAAGCAAUAAAUUGUGGGGAUAAAGUGGACAGUGCCCUAAAGGAUAUGGCGGUGGUGAUGAAGCAACUGGACAGAGCUGAAGAAGCCAUUGAAGCCAUCCGUUCCUUUAGAGGGCUCUGCUCCAAACAAUCCCAAGAGUCCCUUGAUAAUGUACUCAUAGAUCUUUACAAGAAAUGUGGAAGAAUAGAUGAGCAAAUAGAUUUGCUGAAGCGUAAGUUGAAGUUGAUAUACCAAGGUGAAGCCUUCAAUGGAAAACUCACCAAGACAGCACGAUCUCAUGGCAAAAAGUUUCAAGUUUCUAUAAAACAAGAAACUUCAAGAUUACUGGGAAAUCUGGGCUGGGCCUACAUGCAAAAGACGAACUACAUGAUGGCCGAAGUGGUGUAUCGGAAAGCCCAAAUGAUUGAUCCAGAUUGUAACAAGGCCUGUAACUUGGGCCUAUGCCUCAUUAGACAAGCGAGAUAUGAAGAGGCCCAAUUGAUUCUUGAAGCUGUGUUAAAAGGAAACCUUCCAGGCUCAGACGACACCAAGUCAAGGAAACGGGCCGAAGAUCUGCUAUCAGAGUUGAGGUCCAUGCUACCUCCACCACAUUUGUCAGAUCUUUUGGGCCUGGAUGAUGAGUUCAUAAAAGGCCUGGAACGGUUAGUGAAUGAAUGGGGCCCAAUUAGAUCCAAGAGGCUUCCGAUUUUUGAGGAAAUUUCUUCGUUUAGAGACCAAUUAGCUUGUUAA